UAAGGUAAGACAACCUAUUUGAUCAUUUAGUCAAUUCAGUAACAUUUAAUAAUCAUGUGCAAUACAACCUUUAAUGCUGUUCAUCAUUCAACUCCUAAACACAAAAAUAAUUGAUUAAAAAUUUGUAAGUAUAGUGUAUACAUGGAAAAAACUACCAAAUCUUGAAAUCCAACUACUCUCAAGUCUCAGUAAUAGUAAUAUUCUACGAAGGGUCAAGAACAUGAGUAUGCCUAUAUAUACACUCCAAUUGCAUACCUAUCUUAUUCAUUCAGUAUUGAGAUGAAGAUCCCUUCAAUAGAUUUCGGUGAGCUAGAUGGUGAUAACAGAAGCAAAACAAUGGCAACUCUCCACGAGGCAUGUGAAAAAUGGGGCUUUUUUCAGAUUGAAAACCAUGGGAUUGACAAGCAGUUGAUGGAAAAGGUUAAAGACCUGGUGAAUCAGCAUUACGAAGAAAACCUGAGAGACACCUUUUAUGAUUCCGAUAUAGCCAAGUCCUUUGAAGAAGGCAAUAGGGCAACCAUUGACUGGGAAACUGCGGUUUUUAUCAAGCAUCACCCGGAUUCUAACAUAAACGAGCUCCCCAACCUCUCACAGGAAUUCAGCAAAACAGUAAAUGAGUACAUUGAUCAGUUGAUCAAGCUAGCUGAAAAGCUUUCAAUGCUGAUGAGUGAGAACCUUGGUUUGGAGAAGAAUUACAUAAUGGAAACAUUCUCUGGGAGUAAAGGUCCUUCAGUAGGGACAAAAGUCGCAAAAUACCCUCAGUGUCCUCAUCCAGAACUUGUCAGGGGUCUUCGCGAGCACACAGAUGCUGGCGGGAUAAUUCUUUUGCUCCAAGAUGACCAAGUCUCAGGUCUGGAGUUCUUGAAAGAUGGACAAUGGGUAAAGAUUCCACCUUCUGUGAACAAUACAAUUUUCAUAAACACCGGUGAUCAAGUGGAAGUGUUGUCAAACGGAAGGUAUAGGAGUGGUUUGCAUCGUGUCAUGGCAGAUAAGAACGGAAGCAGACUAUCCAUUGCCACUUUCUAUAAUCCUGCUGGAGAUGCCAUCAUUUCUCCUGCUCCAAAACUUUUAUAUCCCAACAAUUUCACAUUUCAAGAUUAUCUUAAGCUCUAUGCCACAACUAAGUUUGAUGACAAGGGUCCCAGAUUUGAAGUCAUGAAGAAAAUGGCUAAUGGAGAUAUCAGCCUUCCUGUCUAAGUGAAUUGACAGAUUGAAACCGCAUGUAUUACUUUGUUAUUUGCAAAUGCUACUACCCUGCUGAACUAUUGUCCGAAUAAGUGAACACUGUUGCUUAAGAACCCAUUAAUAUAUAAAUGUUUUAUUGAUCUUGACAAGCUA